AUGUUGAUGGUAUGCUCCGUUUAUAGCUUUCUGCUGUAUAAUUUUUUUCUACUUAGCUUGGUCUUCAUUGGGUUAUAUUUGUUACCUGUUGUGCAAACCCACUUGCCUUAA